CAGGGAGGAGUCUAUGGGUUGAACUGAGCAGCGGCGCGCGAGGAGAGGCUGAAGUCCUGUCUUUAUCAGUGUCCUGGUGGAAGUGCUGCUUCUGUUGCUGCUGCGCCCCCCAGCCUGCGGUCCCAGGAUGUGGUUGUUGUCUGCAGUAACCAUAUUGAUCUGUGGCCUUGCCACACAGUCACUGGAUGUGUCACAGAAAUCUAGACGAGAUCUUCAGAACAUCCGAUACACUGGAGACCCUGAAGACAACAUGAAUAUAAGUGAACUAAUUGAAUACAAAGGAUAUCCCAGCGAGGAAUAUGAUGUGACUACUGAAGACGGCUAUAUCCUAAAUAUCAACAGGAUACCUUAUGGUGUCAAAUCUCCAUUUACAGGACCCAAGCCUGUGGUGCUCUUACAGCAUGGCCUACUUGCAGAUGGCAGUAACUGGGUUAGCAAUCUUGCCAACAACAGUUUGGGCUUCAUCCUGGCAGAUGCAGGGUAUGAUGUGUGGAUGGGAAAUAGUCGGGGAAAUACGUGGUCUCGGAAACACAAGACUCUCUCUCCUUAUUCUGAAGAAUUUUGGGCUUUCAGCUAUGAUGAGAUGGCUUUACUUGAUCUUCCUGCAGUCAUAAACUUUAUAUUACAAAAAACCGGACAGGAGCAAAUUUUUUACAUUGGACAUUCUCAGGGAACCACUAUAGGAUUUAUCGCGUUUUCAAGUUUGCCCCAGCUGGCGAAAAAAGUGAAAAUGUUUUUUGGUCUGGCUCCUGUGGCUACAGUCAAGUUCUCCACCAGUCCAUUGGCAAAGUUAGGCCUUUUUCCAGAAUUCUUUUUCAAGGUGGCGUUUGGGAAAAGGGAUUUUUUCCCCCAGUCAUACUUCAUUAAAUGGCUUGCCACUGACGUCUGCGACAAAAUAUUCAUUAAGGAAAUAUGUGGCAAUUUGUUCUUUAUUAUAAGUGGAUUCAACGAAAAGAACCUCAACAUGAGCCGGGUAAAUGUAUAUGCAUCCCAUUGUCCCGCAGGAACAUCUGUGAAAAAUAUGAUCCACUGGGCCCAGGCAGUAAAGACUGGAGAACUGAAGGCAUUUGACUAUGGAACAAAGGGCAAUAUUUUUCAUUACAACCAGACUACGGCUCCUUUAUACAGUGUGAAGGAUAUGAAAAUUCCCACAGCCUUAUGGAGUGGGGGCCACGACUGGUUGGCUGAUCGCAACGAUGUAUCUUUAUUACUUAGGCAAAUCAGUAAUUUGGUAUACCACAAAGAGCUGCCAGACUGGGAACAUCUGGAUUUUAUCUGGGGCUUGGAUGCUGCAGAGCGCAUGUACGGUGAAAUCAUUCACUUCAUGAAGAUGUUCUCCUAAACUCUGGUUUCGGGUGUUUAAAGAAACCGUGUGCAGAGCCUGGAAAAGAAAAAUGUUACCUUAUUGACAACUUGAUGAAAACUUGAUAUGAACUGUAGCCAUACUAUAUACAUUACUAUGCAAUUCAUAGGUGCCUCAUUUACAUGCAGGAAUUUCAUAUCUUUUUUUACAAGUGAAAAAGCUUUGCGUUUCUUACCAAAUAAUGAACAUUUCUUAACAGGUAAUUGUAACCCCUUAGUGACAUCAAUACGUCUUUUUAUGGUGGUCACUGAGGGGCCUUAGGCUAGGCUGCUGCCUCUUUACUGCGGCCUAGUCUAAACGCUGCACGGGUCUCCUAUGCAGAGGAGAGCGGGGGCUCUGGUCUCACAUGAGAGUUGGGCUCCUGCUCUAAUGGCCUGGACCAUCAGAAGCACUGCUCCUGGCCAUUUAAGCCCUUUGAUGCCGCUGUCAAUAGAGGCUUCAGCAUCUAAGUGGUUUAGAAGGAAGGAGCUUCCAUCUGUAUCCCACAAUUGAGAUGUCGGGGUCCCGAUGUCUUUGCUUGGCAGCCUGGAGCCUAAUGGACGCCCCAGGCCUGGCUGCAUUGUAUGCCUAGCAGCUGUGCCUCUCUGGUGCAGCCUGCUGGUGACUGUCAGUAAAGCACUGACAGUAUAGUACAUUGUACUGCAUAAGCAGUACAGACGUAUUAUAAAAGCCACGUAAAAGGUAUCGCCGUGUCAUUAAUGACCCUCUCUACACAAUUAUUUAAUUUAUAAUCUACGAUAAAUGCUGUAAAAAAAAACUGUAACAGAAUUGCUGUUUUUUACUUAUUAGCUAACAAAAAAAAGAAACAAAAAGCGAUGAAAAAGAUUUGUGUACCCCAAAAUGAUACCAGUAAAAAGUACAAAUUGUCCUGCAAAAAUUAAGCCCUCACACAUAAAGAAAAAAAGUUAUCAAUUUUGGGAUGCAGCGAUGAAAAAACAUUUUCUUUUUUUUUUAAACAUUUUAUUGUGCAUAAGUAGUAAAAUGUAAAAAACCUAAAUGAAUGCCACAAAAUUUAUAUUGUAAAAGCUCAGUGGCAGUAUUGCAGUUUUUCCCAAAUUCCCCCUCCUUAAAAGAAAGUUAAUCAGUAAGUUAUGGGUACUCCGAAAUGGUGCAAUUACAAACUUUAACUUGUUCUGCAAAAAAACAAGCCCUUAUACGGCAAAAUCAACAUAAAAAUUUAAAAAAGUUGUUCCUCUAAGAAUGUGACUAUGAAAAAAAAAAUUGCUCGGUCACUAAGGCCCAAAACAGGCUGGUCACUUAAGGUACUUUCACACUUGCGGCAGAGGAUUCCGGCAGGCAGUUCCGUUGCCGGAAGUGCCUGCUGGACCCGUCAAAACGUGGGCAAACUGAUGGCAUUUGUCAGACAGAUCAGGAUCCUGAAUCCAUCUGACAAAUGCAUUGAGAUGCCGGAACCAUCUCUUCGGUGUCAUCUGGAAAAACGGAUUCGGCAUUUAUUUUUUUCACA